UCUCUGACUACACUUCCCAGAGGACUUCUCGGCAAGAACGUUAUUCUCGCGCGAAUUCAGCCUCAAAGUCACGCGCUGGCGGGACCCUCAGGUCUGCACAGACGACUGUUACAGUCCUGUGGAAGGUUCUGCUGCUUUGGAAGCUUGGAAGACCUGAAGUGGGGAACCAGAGGAGAGGGCGGGACCGGAGCCUCGGCUUUGUACCGCUGAGGGGCUCUGCCUUUUUCCAGAAGAGGAGCCCAGAGGAAGACUGGUCCUUUUCUGCAAAUAUCAAAGCCAUGGCUCAGGAGUCAGUGAUGUUCAGUGAUGUGUCCAUAGACUUCUCUCAGGAGGAGUGGGAGUACCUGAAUGAUGCUCAGAGAGAUUUAUACAGAGAGGUGAUGUUGGAGAAUUACAGCAACCUGGUUUCAAUGGGACGUUCUAUUUCUAAACCAGAUGUGAUCUCCUUCUUGGAGCAAGGGAAGGAACCCUGGUUGGUUGACAGAGAACUAACAAGAAACCAGUGGCCAGUCCUGGAGUCAAGAUGUGAGACCAAGAAAUUAUUUCUGAAGAAGGAAAUUUAUGAAAUAGAGUCAGCCCAGUGGGAGAUAAUGGAAAGACUUACAAGACAUGACCUUCAGUGCUCUAGUUUCAGAGAUGAUUGGGAAUGUAAUGGCCAGUUUGAGAAACAACAUGGCUCUCAGGAGGGACAUUUCAGUCAACUGAUAUUCACCCGUGAAGGCAUGCCCACUUUUAGUCAACAUCCAUCCUUUACAUUACAGCAAAUCAUUAGUAAUAAAGAGAAAUACUGUGCAACUAAGGAAUAUAGGAAAACCUUUAGACAUGACUCACAGCUUACCACCCAUCAGAUAAUUCAUACUGUUGAGAAACCCUAUGAAUGUAAGGAAUGUGGAAAGGCCUUUAGACAUCCCUCAAGACUCAGUCAUCAUCAGAAAAUUCAUACUGGCAAGAAACCCUUUGAAUGUAAGGAAUGUGGAAAAACCUUUAUUUGUGGCUCAGACCUUACUCGACAUCACCGAAUUCACACUGGUGAGAAACCCUAUGAAUGUAAGGAAUGUGGAAAGGCCUUUAGUAGUGGCUCCAACUUCACUCGACAUCAGAGAAUUCACACUGGUGAAAAGCCCUAUGAAUGUAAAGAAUGUGGGAAGGCCUUUAGUAGUGGCUCAAACUUUACUCAGCAUCAGAGAAUUCAUACAGGGGAAAAACCCUAUGAAUGUAAGGAAUGUGGCAAUGCCUUUAGUCAGAGUUCACAACUUAUUAAACAUCAGAGAAUCCACACAGGUGAGAAACCCUAUGAAUGUAAGGAAUGUGAAAAGGCUUUUCGUUCUGGUUCAGACCUUACUCGGCAUCAGAGAAUUCAUACUGGUGAGAAGCCCUAUGAAUGUAAGAUAUGUGGGAAAGCCUAUUCUCAGAGUUCACAACUUAUUAGUCAUCAUAGAAUUCAUACUAGUGAGAAACCCUAUGAAUAUAGGGAAUGUGGGAAGACCUUUAAUUAUGACUCACAGCUGAUUCAACAUCAAAAUUUGUACUGGUGA